AUGGCAGAUCGUGUUUGCCUUAUGCGCUGCUAUAUGUGUAGUUGGUACAAUAUUAUAUGCAAUAUUGGCAAGAGGAGAAAUUCAAGAUUGGGCGAUUUCGGAAGACUCUCGGGAAUUCAUUCUUUAUAUGGACGUUGGGCGCCUCCGCAAGAAAUUGGUUCGUUGGUUGGGCUUACAUUUUCUGGUCUAAAUUUAGGCAAUAUUGUAGGUCUUUCAACAUCAGGUUAUCUUUGUGUUUAUGGAUUUGGCAAUGGAUGGGGUUCUAUAUUCUAUAUAUUUGGUGGAAUAUCGUUGGUGUUUGGUUGUGUUUGGUUUUAUUUUGUUUAUGAUACUCCAGAUUUCCAUCCAACUAUCAGCGAAAAAGAACGUUCUUAUCUAAACAGAAGUAUAAAAAGUGAAAAGGUGGUGAAAAAAGUACCUUGGAGACGACUGAUUUCUUCUCCUGCUGUAUGGGCCAUUAGCGUUGGUCGAUUUGCUCAUAGUUGGACUAGUUUGACUUUCCAGGUGUUGCUACCCCUUUAUAUGAAAGAAGCCUUAAACGUUAAUGCAACCUCCAACGGUUUAAUGUCAUCUGCUCCUUCGGUAGCACAAAUCAUUGCACUACCCCUGUGUGGGAACUUAGCUGAUUUUAUACGUUCAAAGAAAUAUAUGUCAACUCGUUGUGUUCGCGUUUUAUUCCAAACCAUUGCCCUGAUUGCUUCAGGAUGUCUGUUGAUAGUCAUAGGAUUCCUCAGAUGUGACCAAACCAUUCUAAUAACUAUCUUAUUGUUUCUUAUCGGUAUAACUUUAUCAUUUUCUAGUGGUGGUGUUGUCGUCAACAACAAUGACAUUGCUCCAAGUUAUGCUGUGUUGGGUGUAAUCCAUAAAGACGAAUAUAUUCUAGUAACGGUGCUAUUUCAGGUUUAG